CCCGCGGACACCCGGCCGACCCCUGAGCCGACGGGCGCGUCCUCGGCGUCGACGACGGUGCACAUCAUCGACGAGCACGAUUUUGCGCUGCUCCUGCCCGAUCGGCCUGGCGAACUCAUCUCGGAUGCGGAGAGCGACGGCGUGGCGUACUGCACGCCCGACAGCGCGAGCCCGGCCUGCGGGAAACGCGUCGCGGAGGGCUUUAUCCGCGCGGCGGCUGUGACCACGUCGGACGAUGGGGCGUAUAUCCAGGUGACGGGAUGCCUCGACGCGAGCAAGUCUUCUCUCGACCCCUCGGAUACUGGCGGCCAAUUCGACGUCCGCUUCCCGAAUGGCGCACAAUGCGCCUACGGAGGGUACGGCGCGAGCUUCAUCCAACUCGUCGAGCCAGCCGCGAACCGCUUCUGCCUGCGGUGCUGCAACAAGCCCGACGACCAGAUCAACUGCAACUCGCACCAGGACCGCGCGGGCUGCCAGACCGCGAUCCUCGGCACGUACGCCUUCCCCUCCCUUGGCGUCACCUGC